CUCUCCACUCUCUCUCUAUAAACGAAAACCCUAGUCGUGUUAAUCUCUGGUGAAAAUGUCCGCCGGUGAAAUUGCCUGCACUUACGCCACUCUGAUUCUCCACGACGAUGGAAUCCCCGUCACUGCGGAGAAGAUCAUCACAUUGUUGAAGGCUGCGAACGUCAGUGUCGAGUCGUACUGGCCAAGCCUCUUCGCCAAGUUGGCUGAGAAGAGGAACAUCGACGAUCUCAUCCUGAAUGUCGGCGCCGGUGGUGGUGUUGCUGCUUCGGCCGCGCUCUCUGCCCCCGCUGGUGGUGCUAACGCCGCUGCUGCCACCGCUACACCUGCAGCCGAAGAGAAGAAGGAGGAACUGAAUGAAGAGAGUGACGAGGACAUGUGCUUCACCUUGUUUGAUUAGGCGUCACAAUUAGUGUGAACUAUCUUUCUACUUUUAUUCCUGUUCAAGGUUAGGAUUAUCAGAGGGUAUUAUGCUGAAUAUUGGCCUCGAAUUUCUAAGUAGUUUUCUAAUUCUAAGUGGUUUAUGUCAUGACUUCUAUAUCAUAUAUAUGGUAGAAGUUAAAACUCUUAUGUUAAUUUAGUAAUGUUGGUUUAAUCUUUGGUUAUCUUUCGGAAUUUUGUGGAAA